AUGAUUCAAGAUAGUAAAGGAGUUGCGGUUGCAGGGGACAAAGAAGAUCGAAUCAGUUAUCUGCCAAGAAAUGUUAUAGAUCAUAUUCUUGACUCCCUGCCUAUUCAAGAUGCAGCAAGAACUAGUAUUCCAUCAAAAUACUGGAGAUAUAUUUGUUCCAUACUUCCAAGUUUUGUGCUGAAUAAGCUCUUCUGCAACAAAUUAGCAGCAAGAUCUCAAUAUGUCUUCAAAGAAACUAUAGAUAAGAUUCUCUUACAGCAUCUUGGAGAUGUGGUGAUAUUUGAUCUGGAUGUCUCAGGAGUACAGUUGUCUUUGUGUCCCGAUAUUGAUAGAUGGAUGCUCUAUGUCACCAGAAACGGUGUCAAGAAGCUAACCCUUAACAUGUCAAAUAACG